AAAAAAAACCAACUCUCGCUUGACUCCUUACAAAACAGCUGAGCUGAGCCUAAGAAGAAGAAACAGACAUUAGAAAGGGGAAAGACGGAAGGAACACGGCAUGUCAUCCUUGUCUCGAAUUACUCCUUUAAUUAGGAGCAGUUUCAAUCAUGGAUCAAGCUCAGCUGUAUUUGUCAAGAGACAUUACUCUGAGAAGAAGACUUAUGGACCACUAGCCGACCAAGAUCGUAUCUUCACAAAUUUAUAUGGCCGUCAUGACUGGAGGUUAAAGGGGGCUCUUAGCCGCGGUGACUGGUACAAGACGAAGGAAAUCAUCGAGAAGGGCUCUGACUGGAUUAUCAAUGAGGUCAAAACUUCUGGUCUGCGUGGUAGGGGAGGGGCAGGUUUCCCCUCUGGUAUGAAGUGGAGCUUCAUGAAUAAGCCAUCUGAUGGUCGCCCAAAGUAUUUGGUUGUCAAUGCUGAUGAGGGUGAGCCAGGUACUUGCAAAGACAGGGAGAUCAUGCGUCAUGAUCCUCACAAACUGGUAGAAGGUUGCUUGGUAGCUGGCCGUGCCAUGGGAGCCAGAGCAGCUUACAUCUAUAUCAGAGGAGAAUUUUAUAAUGAAGCUUCUAACAUGCAAGUUGCUAUUAAUGAGGCAUACAAAGCUGGUCUAAUUGGAAAGAAUGCAUGUGGUUCUGGAUAUGAUUUUGAUGUCUUCAUGCACCGAGGUGCUGGAGCCUACAUUUGUGGAGAAGAAACCGCACUUAUUGAAUCUCUUGAAGGCAAGCAGGGAAAGCCACGCCUAAAGCCCCCUUUCCCAGCUGAUGUGGGAGUCUUUGGGUGCCCCACAACUGUUGCCAAUGUUGAAACUGUAGCUGUCGCACCAACCAUCUGCCGUCGAGGUGGAAGUUGGUUUGUUGGAUUAGGUCGCACACGUAAUAGUGGAACAAAGCUCUUCAACAUUUCUGGCCAUGUGAACACCCCCUGCACAGUGGAAGAAGAAAUGUCGAUUCCUUUAAAAGAAUUAAUUGAACGUCAUGCUGGUGGUGUGAUUGGAGGUUGGGACAACCUUCUUGGUGUAAUUCCUGGUGGUUCUUCAACACCAGUAAUCCCUAAGCAUGUGUGUGAAGAGGCGCUCAUGGAUUUUGAUGGCUUGGUAGCAUGCCAAACAUCACUUGGAACAGCUGCCGUAAUUGUGAUGAACAAGCAGACAGACAUUGUGAAAGCAAUUGCUAGAUUGAUUGAAUUUUACAAACAUGAGUCUUGUGGGCAGUGCACACCCUGCCGAGAAGGUGUAAGCUGGAUGUUUAAGAUCAUGACCAGAUUUGUGAAAGGUGAUGCCAGUCCAGAGGAAAUUGAUGCACUUUGGGAAGUUUCAAAACAGAUUGAAGGUCACACUAUCUGUGCAUUGGGUGAUGGCGCUGCAUGGCCUGUUCAGGGACUCAUUAGACACUUCAGACCUGUCCUUGAGGAAAGGAUGGCAACUUUUGCAGCUACAAAGAAGGCUGUUGCUAACUAGAUUUUUUUUUUUUUCAAUUAACUGCAAUCCAUAAAUUUUUAGGGAAAGUCUGGAGUUCACAUAGCAUUUGAAUUCCUGUUCCAAGUUAAUACGUACUGUUAUUAACAGUAGUACUGAGAACGAAAAUUUCCCAUAGUGAGGAUUCAGUGCUUUCUUUAGAAUCAUUGGUUGUCAUUUUGGUGUUUUAUAACUGGUAUUGUAAAAACAAUAAGAAUCUUUAUAAAAAUCGCUAGUAUUUUUUAGUGUCUUGAAUAUUCUUUGGAGUUGCAUUUGAGUCCUCCCUAUGGUAUCUAUGGAGAUUUAUGUACAUAAAUGUUUUAUUUAAUGUAUAAAAUAAGGUAAUUAAAUAUCCCAGUAAA